GGAUUAUGGCAGGAAAAGUGAAAUGGGUCACUGAUAUCGAGAAGUCAGUGCUGAUCAAUAACUUCGAAAAGAGAGGAUGGGUGCAAGUGACAGAAAAUGAGGACUGGAAUUUUUACUGGAUGAGCGUGCAAACCAUCCGAAACGUGUUCAGCGUCGAAACUGGGUAUCGGCUCUCAGAUGACCAAAUAGUCAACCAUUUUCCAAACCACUAUGAACUGACCCGCAAGGAUCUGAUGGUGAAGAAUAUUAAAAGAUACAGAAAGGAGCUGGAGAAAGAAGGGAGCCCUCUGGCAGAAAAAGAUGAAAAUGGAAAAUACCUCUACCUGGACUUUGUUCCGGUCACCUAUAUGCUGCCUGCCGACUACAACCUGUUCGUGGAAGAGUUCAGGAAGAGCCCGUCCAGCACCUGGAUCAUGAAGCCUUGUGGCAAGGCCCAGGGAAAGGGCAUCUUUCUUAUCAACAAGCUCUCACAGAUCAAAAAAUGGUCCCGGGACAGCAAGACGUCUUCGUUUGUGUCUCAGUCUACUAAGGAAGCCUACGUGAUCUCUCUCUAUAUUAACAACCCGUUACUCAUUGGCGGCAGGAAGUUUGAUCUGCGGUUGUAUGUUCUGGUGUCCACAUAUCGCCCGCUGCGCUGUUACAUGUACAAGCUUGGGUUUUGCCGGUUUUGCACCGUGAAGUACACCCCCAGCACCAGUGAGCUGGAUAACAUGUUCGUCCAUCUCACCAACGUCGCCAUUCAGAAACACGGGGAAGACUACAACCACAUCCACGGUGGCAAGUGGACGGUGAGCAACCUGCGGCUCUACCUGGAGAGCACCCGCGGCAGGGAGGUGACCAGCAAGCUGUUCGACGAGGUCCACUGGAUCAUCGUGCAGUCCCUCAAGGCUGUGGCGCCGGUGAUGAACAAUGACAAGCACUGCUUUGAAUGCUACGGCUACGACAUCAUCAUCGACGACAAGCUGAAGCCCUGGCUGAUCGAGGUUAACGCGUCCCCGUCUCUCACCUCCAGCACCGCCAACGAUCGAAUCCUUAAGUACAACCUGAUUAACGACACCCUCAAUAUUGCUGUCCCUAAUGGCGAAAUUCCAGACUGCAAAUGGAACAAGUCCCCUCCAAAGGAAGUUCUUGGCAAUUACGAAAUUCUGUAUGAUGAGGAACUGGCCCAGGGUGAAGGGGCUGACCGAGAGCUGAGGAGUCGCUCAGGCCAGUCGCUGGGGCCCAGAGCGGGUCGAUUGAGAGACACGGGGAGAACCGUCCUCACAACCUGGAAGUGACUCCACCUGGACCUUGUUGAGACCACUCACUCUACCUGGGCUCCUGCUGAAUACCUAUUUUGAAAUGUCCUUUUUCUAGAGCUUUUCUCUUUCAUAAGCCCUGUAAAUAAAUAAAGGUACUUCUCUGAAAGGU